AUGGUGCAUCCUGAUAACAUUCUCAAACCUAAUGACUCUCAAGUUGUUUCACCACUCGUAUCUCCUAUUGUAACAAAUAUGGUAGAUAUUCGUGAGCAUUUUGAAAAUGGAGAAGAGUUUGAAUUACGUGAAGACAUGUUGCAGUGGAUUCGCACGGAGGCUACGAAACUAGGAUUCAGUGUUGUGAUUGGAAAGUCUGAUAAUGGUACGGAUAGAAGAAAUGCAUUUGUGACAUUGACAUGCGAAAUAAAUGGGAAAUAUAUCCGUCGUAUCCAAAAAUUGAAACGCGACGACAUCGAUUCAAGAAAAUAUGAAUGCCCAUUUAGGUUGCAUGGCUAUCUUUUGGCAAAUAACAAAUGGAGAAUUAAUGUGAUAUGUGGUUUACACAACCAUGAUUUAAGUCAAAAGUUGGCCGGUCAUCCAAUUGCAUGCCGACUCCUUCCGAAUGAGAAGACAUGUGUUUCUGACAUGACUUUGAGCUUGUUACCGCCCAAAAACAUAUUUGCAACCUUGAAGCGCAAAAGACCCAAGAAUACAUCAAAUGUCAAGCAAGUUUACAAUAGGUGCUAUCAAUCCAAAUUAGCAAUUAUGGGGGAUCAAACCGAGAUGCAACACCUCUUGAAACUUCUAGAUGAAAACAAUUAUGUUUGUAGGCACCGACGAGGUGAUGAUGGGGUUACAGUAAGAGAUAUUUAUUGGACUCAUAUUGAUUCCAUUAAAUUGUUCAAUAUGUUUCCCACUGUGCUCAUAAUUGAUUCAACGUAUAAGACCAACAAGUACAGACUUCCAUUGUUGGAAAUUGUUGGUGUUACAUCGACUAAGAAGACGUAUUUUGUUGGUUUUGCAUUUCUAGAGUGCGAAAAAGAGGACAAAUUUGUAUGGGCUUUGGAGGUUUGUUGGUCAAUGUUGAAGGAUCAAGAAGAUAUGCCGAAAGUCAUUGUUAUCAACCAAGAUACAACACUAAUGAAUUCGUUUGCAACUGUAUUUCCUAGUUCUUACGCCUUACUGUGUAGGUACCAUAUUACAAAAAUGUGA